UUUAGGCGAAGACUAAAUAAAUUACAUAAACCAAUAUGGUGGCGAUAUUGAAGACUAUUUUACCCAUCGUUAACAUUCAGUUUCUAGUUUCAGUUGGUUUGGCUGAAACUAUUGGAGCAUUGGCCCGAACAAAAUGUGAACAGUAUAUGGAGAAUGCGUUUAAAAUAUCGUCAAUGACAAGUUUAAAGUAUGGUGUUGCAAAAUGUGAUCCGUUGAUGAUACCGUUGAUAGUUGGUGGUACACGAGUGGAUCGUACCGAAUUUCCUCAUAUGGCAGCCAUUGGUUUUGGUCAUUCAAGUGGUUUGGUCUAUUUAUGCGGUGGAACAUUAAUCAGUGAGCAUUUUGUGAUGACCGCAGCUCAUUGUGAAAAAGAUCGAAACAGAGGUCCUGCGAGAGUUGUACGUUUGGGGUCGAUAGAUUUAACAACCAAUGACGAUCACACGCAUAUAAUUCCAAUCGAUAAAAUCUAUUCGCAUCCUGAUUAUAAGACGAGCAGCAAGUAUAAUGAUAUUGCUCUAAUACGCUUAGCGCGCAGUAUCUAUUUUAAUGAAUUCAUUCGGCCAGCUUGUAUAAAUGUGAAUAAUAAUGUGGAAUGGACGACAGCGAUUGCCACUGGUUUUGGACUUACAUCAAAUGAUCAUUCAAUUGGCAGCAGUCAUUUGCUGAAAGUUCAACUUAAAAAAUUCACGCUAAACAUAUGCCAAAGAGCCUACAAGGCAGAUCGCUUUAUGAAACGUAGCGUAAUUGAAUCCCAAUUGUGUGCCGGAGAUUUAACGGGAAGUAAAGAUACAUGUCAAGGCGACAGUGGCGGACCACUUCAGAUUGUGAUUGCAAAACCGCAUUGUGUGUACAGCGUCAUCGGGAUAACAUCAUUUGGAAAGUCGUGUGGCUUUCAAAAUACACCAGCCAUUUAUACAAAUGUUGCACAUUAUACAAGCUGGAUUGAACAAAUGGUUUGGCAAAAUAUUUCAAACACCAUAAGCACAUCCAAUUAAAACAUUUAAGAUUUUUCGAAAAUAACUUUC